GCUAAAGCGCGCUCUACUGUUUUGCGAUCGCGAUAACCUUGACUUGAACAAACGAGUAAAACAACAGUAUUCGGAAGUUGAGCAUUUCUCAUGUGUUCGUCGCCGUUCAAGUUCGCAAAUGUACGAAAAUUUCAACGUUGAGGUGCGAUAAUGGACAGUGUGACAGUCGAUAUCGUGGUUUUCGCCUUUAUCAUAAUUAUCUCGUUCGCUCUAACUGUGUAUAAAAAUUUAUCAGAUUCAAAGGAGAAAACCAAAAAUGAGUACGUACUGGCCAACGAAAGUGCGUCGUCUACUUGGCCCAUGCUCAUGUCAAUAGCCAGAGGAUUUUUAGGAGUUCGAGUAUUCCUUGGUUAUCCAUCCGAACUUGUUUAUAGAGGUAGCGAAUUAUGGGAAACUAUGUACGGAAUAUUGCUGGCAUUUCCUCUCGUCAUAUUCAUUUUCAUACCGGUAUACUUAAGACUUGGAAUUACUUCGGUGUAUGAGUAUUUGGAUCUACGAUUUAAAUCGAAACUGAUUCGAUGUAUGGCCUCCGCAACUUAUGUUAUUCGCACUUUACUUAUUCUUGGGGUAGCUACUCUAACGCCAUGUAUUGCCAUAAAAACUGUCAUUGGUGUACCGUACUAUGCUUCCAUUACUGUGAUGACAAUAGCGGCCAUUUUUUGCGUAUUUUCGGGUGGUUUCAGUUCAGCAUUGAUGGGUGACGUUAUACAAGGAAUAUUAAUGUUUACUUGUUGUGUGGUGGUAAUCGUCAAAGGAUCGAUAGAAAAUGGUCCGAUAAACAUUAUCAAAACAGCUCACGAUAGAGACAGAUUGAAUUUUUUCAAUUUCGAUUUGGAUCCAACCAAGAGAGCAACUACCAUUUCUGCCCUUAUUGGUCACUUAUUUAUUUCAUUAUCGAUGUACGGUUGUCAACAAAAUUACGUUCAACGUUACAUCAGCAUGGCUACGGAAGAAAAGGUAAAGCGAGUUCUUCUACUUUCAAUACCAUUCAAUGCUGUUAUGAUGAGCCUAACUUGGAUCGUUGGAAUGGUGAUAUUCGCAACGUACGCAGAUUGUGAUCCAAAGAAGCUACAGUUGAUAAACGAUAUCGAUGAAAUUUUUCCAUUUUAUCUAGAAGAUAAAUUUUCAAUGAUUCCUGGAUUUUUAGGAGUAAUUUUGGGCACGUUGUUCAAUGGAUCGUUGAGUGCUGUAGUUUCUAAUCUGAAUUCGCUGGCUACAGUUCUAUGGGAAGAUUUUUUGGCGAAUAUCCAAUAUUUUAAACAAGUUUCCGACGUUAAGGCCGUGAGAAUCAUCAAAAUAUUAGGUGCCUUAUGUGGAUUAAUCGUGAUGGGAGUUAGUUUUGGAAUCGCUAAAUUGAAUGGUAUUAUCGAAAUCUUCAUCAUCAUGACUUCAGCAACCAGUGGUCCUCUACUCGGAGUAUUUAUUCUUGCCGUCUUCUUCCCGUCCGUCAAUUGGAAGGGAGCUUUAGCAGGGAUGAUUGCUGGUUGUGCUGUAGUAACUUGGGUCAUUCUAGGUUCUUUGAGUUUACCACGAAUGGCAGAUCAAUAUUUGCCAACUUCAACAGCUAUGUGUAAUAAUUACACUUUUAGUGAAGCAAUCAUGCUGCAUCGCGCAAACGAUACAAACGAACUGAUGUCGGGCAUCACUGAGAAUUUCGUCGUUAGCACCGAAGAAUCAAUCACACAAUCUCACGAUAUUUCGCCCGAACAUGCGUUGACUUAUUUUUAUAAAGUUACCUAUUUAUAUUACUCGGUGAUUGGUACUUCGAUAACUGUCAUAAUGGGAUAUUUAUUCAGUAUUACAACUGGUUUUCAAGCGGAAGAAUAUUUGUACAAGGAUCAUUUGGUUCAUCCUUUGGUUAUAAAGCGGCGACCUUAUCAUGGAGCAUCGUUGAGUAUGGAAGUAAAAUAAGCGAUAAAAAUUUCACGUAUGUUACUCUUAUAAAAAGUACUUACAUGAUUUUAGACUGAAUCUUGUUGAAGUGUUGUGAUAAUCAAACUUGUGAAUUUGUUACUUAUUUAUUGAAUCGAAAUAAAAGCGAUCAAAAUUA